UCUAGCUGCCUGGGUUACUGCACCUGGUGGGCGCGGGAACUACAAAGAUAAAACCCCACCCUGGCCCUUCUGCGUUCCACCGCUCCGCGUGCACUGAGGGGCUGAAGGAAGGCGUGGUAUUCCAGGCAGUAUAGACAGGGAGGGGAGAAACUAACGGCUUAGUUCUGCAUUCAGAAGUUAACGCCUCUUGUUACCCCUCUGGAGCACAGAGCUGAUUUUCCACGAUGGCUGCGGCCCCUCAAGCCCCAGCACGGGGAUCUGUCCGGAAGACGAGGCCUCUGGUUGUAAAGACGUCCUUGAACAACCCAUAUGCUAUCUGCUGGAGUGAGCUGGACAGGGACCACAUGCACUUCAUCCUCCAGACCCUGGAAGACAGGUUUAGAUCAAUUGGACUUCAGAAGAUUGAGGAUAAGAAGAAAAAGAAAAAAACUUGUGUCAAAAAGCAAAGCCGAGAAAAAUGCAACCUCGAUGCUGAUAUUGGCGAGGAUCUGGACGAGAGAGAGGCAGACGCUAAGCAGCCAGCCUCGGGGUGGUCGCCUGUGCACAUCAGGAAGCAGCUGGCCAUCGGCGUCAACGAGGUCACCAGAGCCCUGGAGAGGAGCGAGCUGCUGCUGGUGCUGGUGUGUAAGUCGGCCAAGCCUGCCAUCAUCACCUCUCACCUGAUCCAGCUGAGUGUGAGCAGAGCCGUGCCUGCCUGCCAGCUUCCCCGGCUCAGUGAGAGAAUCGCCCCGGUCAUUGGCUUGAAAUGUGUCCUAGCCUUGGGGUUUAAAAAGAACUCCAUGGACUUCACGGAUGAAGUCAGUGCCAUCAUCCCCAGAGUACCCGAUUUAAAUGUACCCUGGCUUCCAGACACAACUGAAGGUUCCAGGGAGGCUUUGGAAAAGCCAGGCGGAGAGAUUUUGGAAACUUCAUUUGAAGACCUCUCAAAACCCAAGAGGAAACUUGCAGAAGGUCAGCCAGCCUCUGCUGUAGCGUUACAGCCCCUUAAAAUAAAGAAACUGAUUGCAAACCCUAAUAAGAAAAGGAAACCACCCAAAAGUAAAAAGACAACUUCAAAGUAA